ACUAUAUGAGUUCAGAGAGUCACCAAGGUGGAGCUUGUUAUCAAGAACAGAGAAAGAGAACUGCCAUAUGCAGACGUGUUUGGUCCUGUGUCUGUUGUCUACCGCUGUUUACCAUGGCCAAAAUAUCCUGAUUGACCAAAAUGGCACCUGAACUGCUGGAUUCCAACAUGAAAUUGUCCACAGCAGCUUUUCUCCAGAAACUUCAAAACAAAACAACCACAUUUCUACCCUCAUCACGGUGUGAAAUCUCUGGUUGAACUUUUCAACUGACAACAAAAUGCGUCACUCAGACAUUCAGUACACUAAGCUGCGAUGGUUAUUAACCAUUGCUGGGCUUGUCUUGUAUGUGGUAGAUAUUUGGACAGACAUUGGACUGGCCUUGAAAUAUUUUCAACAGAAACAGUAUGUCUGGACUGGACUGACUCUAGUGUUUGUUCUGGCUGGACUUCUGGUGACCCAGAUCUUCAGCUAUGCCUGGUAUUGGGAUGACAUGAAUGAUGUUCUGAGAAACCCAGAGGGAAAAACAACCAUAUCAGGCAUGUCAAAAGGUGGACUUGUUGUCCUGCACCUAUUUGGCAUGGGUAACUUCACCAGGUAUUAUCGCCUGCUGAAAAAGGGGUUUAAAGUGGUUUGGUCAACAACAAAUUCCUAUACAGUGGAAGAGAGGAGGGAUGUGCACCACAAUCUGUUUUGCCUGGCUACUGAUCUGAGCAUGCUCAAAUUGUUAGAGGCUUUCCUGGAGAGUGUUCCCCAACUCCUUCUACAACUAUACAUUGUGCUGGGCCACGAUGAGUGCUCAGUUGUGCAGUAUCUAUCUAUUGCUUUUUCUUUCUUUAAUAUUGCCUGGGCCCUGGUGGACUAUCGUCGCUGCUUGCGCAGAUCCCUCCCUCAUACCAGGGAGAUGCCCUCUGGCCUCCCCACAGUGAUCUACCUCCUAUACAAGCUCUUUACCAUUACUAGCCACAUCCUCAGCUACAGCUUACUCCUCAUACUGAGCACUUACAGCACAAUAGCCCUCACCAUCCUCUGGCUGUUGGGGAUAACCUGGACACACUCGCUUCAAACCAACUUCUGCUCAACCAAAGGCCUUGAGCUUUUCUACCAGGCAGUCAUAGGAGUCAUCCUCACAUUCACCUUUUUCAAUGUCAAAGGACAGGACACAAAAAAAGCCAUGAUCAUCUAUUACUUUUUCCACUCUCUUAUAAACAUUAUGGCUCCAUUAUUGCUGGCUUUGUUGAAGCCAGAGUUGCGGACAGCCACGUUGUUGCUGACAGUCAGUGGUUUAAUCCUUGGAGGUUCAGUGCUGGGGCUGCUGAGUCUCGUGCUGUACUACCGCCUCCUGCAUCCCAGGGGGAAAUGGCAUGAGCCAGAUGAGGUGGAUGGCCUGGAAAAGGAAACAGAGAGAAUGAAGAGAAUAAGAAACUUUUUACAACCUUCAUAAAAGUGCUUUCAUUCAGAGAGCAACCAGAAUAUCAUCUCCAUAUUGUCCUCACUAUUCAUUAUAUAUUCAUAUUGCUAUCAGUUAUCCUCGUCUAUUCUGACAUUAAGUUUACUUUUUUAUCACUGAUAUAAAUAGG